AUGGUGGGAGGAGGAAGUAAACAUGUUGGAGAAGGAAGUAAACCGAGGGCAACUAAAGAUGACGCGUAUGCAUAUCUUAGGGCUGUGAGGGCUAAAUUUCAUAAUGAUAGUAAAAAAUAUGACGAUUUUGUUGCGGUCAUGACAAAUUUUAAAGCUCGAAGAAUUGAUAGGGAUGGUUGCAUAAAAGAGGUGGAACAACUGCUUAAAGGACAUAGAGAUUUGAUUUCGGGUUUCAAUGCAUUCUUACCAAAGUGUUUGGAGAUAAAAAAUUAUUACUUUGGGGCAGGAGAGGAUCUUGAAGUCGUUUACACUGCGAAGAGGAAACUUCUUGCUCGUUCGGUAACUAAACGAUCAUCAUCAUCUUCUUCUUCUUCGUCCGUUUAUUUUCUCUUUCGUUCAUGUGAAAUCAUCUGA